CGGCGGUUGCACGCCUGCGCGAGGGCGGGCGGCGGGGGCGCGCGCGCGGCGGGGGCGGGCUUUGCCGAGCGCAGAGCUGCAGCCGCCGAACCGGACGUGUCCGCGAAGAUGGCGGGCCGGAGCAUGCAAGCGGCAAGAUGUCCUACAGAUGAAUUAUCUUUAACCAAUUGUGCAGUUGUGAAUGAAAAGGAUUUCCAGUCUGGCCAGCAUGUGAUUGUGAGGACCUCUCCCAACCACAGGUACACAUUUACACUGAAGACACAUCCAUCAGUGGUUCCAGGGAGCAUUGCAUUCAGUUUACCUCAGAGAAAAUGGGCUGGGCUUUCUAUUGGGCAAGAGAUAGAAGUCUCCUUAUAUACAUUUGACAAAGCCAAACAGUGUAUUGGCACAAUGACCAUCGAGAUUGAUUUCCUGCAGAAAAAAAGCAUUGACUCCAACCCUUAUGACACCGACAAGAUGGCAGCAGAAUUUAUUCAGCAGUUCAACAACCAGGCCUUUUCAGUGGGACAACAGCUUGUCUUUAGCUUCAAUGAAAAGCUUUUUGGCUUACUGGUGAAGGACAUUGAAGCCAUGGAUCCUAGCAUCCUGAAGGGAGAGCCUGCGACAGGGAAAAGGCAGAAGAUUGAAGUAGGACUGGUUGUUGGAAACAGUCAAGUUGCAUUUGAAAAAGCAGAAAAUUCGUCACUUAAUCUUAUUGGCAAAGCUAAAACCAAGGAAAAUCGCCAAUCAAUUAUCAAUCCUGACUGGAACUUUGAAAAAAUGGGAAUAGGAGGUCUAGACAAGGAAUUUUCAGAUAUUUUCCGACGAGCAUUUGCUUCCCGAGUAUUUCCUCCAGAGAUUGUGGAGCAGAUGGGUUGUAAACAUGUUAAAGGCAUCCUGUUAUAUGGACCCCCAGGUUGUGGUAAGACUCUCUUGGCUCGGCAGAUUGGCAAGAUGUUGAAUGCAAGAGAGCCCAAAGUGGUCAAUGGGCCAGAAAUCCUUAACAAAUAUGUGGGAGAAUCAGAGGCUAACAUUCGCAAACUUUUUGCUGAUGCUGAAGAGGAGCAAAGGAGGCUUGGUGCUAACAGUGGUUUGCACAUCAUCAUCUUUGAUGAAAUUGAUGCCAUCUGCAAGCAGAGAGGGAGCAUGGCUGGUAGCACGGGAGUUCAUGACACUGUUGUCAACCAGUUGCUGUCCAAAAUUGAUGGUGUGGAGCAGCUAAACAACAUCCUAGUCAUUGGAAUGACCAACAGACCAGAUCUGAUAGAUGAGGCUCUUCUUAGACCUGGAAGACUGGAAGUUAAAAUGGAGAUAGGCUUGCCAGAUGAGAAAGGCCGACUACAGAUUCUUCACAUCCACACAGCAAGAAUGAGAGGGCAUCAGUUACUCUCUGCUGAUGUAGACAUUAAAGAACUGGCCAUGGAGACCAAGAAUUUCAGUGGUGCUGAAUUGGAGGGUCUGGUGCGAGCAGCCCAGUCCACUGCUAUGAAUAGACACAUAAAGGCCAGUACUAAAGUGGAAGUGGACAUGGAGAAAGCAGAAAGCCUGCAAGUGACGAGAGGAGACUUCCUUGCUUCUUUGGAGAAUGAUAUCAAACCAGCAUUUGGCACAAACCAAGAAGAUUAUGCAAGUUACAUUAUGAACGGUAUCAUAAAAUGGGGUGACCCAGUUACUCGAGUUCUAGAUGAUGGGGAGCUGCUGGUGCAGCAGACUAAGAACAGUGACCGCACACCAUUGGUCAGCGUGCUUCUGGAAGGCCCUCCUCACAGUGGGAAGACUGCUUUAGCUGCAAAAAUUGCAGAGGAAUCCAACUUCCCAUUCAUCAAGAUCUGUUCUCCUGAUAAAAUGAUUGGCUUUUCUGAAACAGCCAAAUGUCAGGCCAUGAAGAAGAUCUUUGAUGAUGCAUACAAAUCCCAGCUCAGUUGUGUGGUUGUGGAUGACAUUGAGAGAUUGCUUGAUUAUGUCCCUAUUGGCCCUCGAUUUUCAAAUCUUGUAUUACAGGCCCUUCUCGUUUUACUGAAAAAGGCACCUCCUCAGGGCCGCAAGCUUCUUAUCAUUGGGACCACUAGCCGCAAAGAUGUCCUUCAGGAGAUGGAAAUGCUUAACGCUUUCAGCACCACCAUCCACGUGCCCAACAUUGCCACAGGAGAGCAGCUGUUGGAAGCUUUGGAGCUUUUGGGCAACUUCAAGGAUAAGGAACGCACCACAAUUGCACAGCAAGUCAAAGGGAAGAAGGUCUGGAUAGGAAUCAAGAAGUUACUAAUGCUGAUCGAGAUGUCCCUACAGAUGGAUCCUGAAUACCGUGUGAGAAAAUUCUUGGCCCUCUUAAGAGAAGAAGGAGCUAGCCCCCUUGAUUUUGAUUGAAAAUGAACUAUUUGAAACACACAGUGACCAAGGGAAGUGACCAAGGUGAAGAUGGCCUGGGAUCUUCACUGUCUUACUCAAGAUACUGGACUAAGUGGAACGUUCUCUACCUUCAACACGUGCUCGCUCUGCAUGAUUAGUGCAAUAAAUCUCCCUUCCUUAUGCGUACUGAGAUAGCUUAGUGUCUCGUGGAAGGUGUCAAUUUGGUUUAGAAUGCUGCGCUUACCUUCCCAUGCAGGCUAAAGUGAUUCCUUCUUGCUCAGUCCCUCUGUGUGGGAACCAUCCAGUACUUGUGGACACUACACGUUUCAAGCUCUCUACUAGCACCAUCACCCCUGAAAACUCUCAGUCAGUGUCAUGAAUGUUGCAUGACAACAGCUGGCCGAUUAGAAGGCAGACUUUCUACAUGCAAACCUGGCUUAGUAAAUCGAGGUGUGGGCCAGAGAUCCUCUGACAGCUGUCCUGAGCUAACACUAAAAGGUCACUGGGUGUUUGGUUAAAGGUCUCCUACAAGGCUGGUAUUCUCUUUGCCUGAAGAAACAAGGCAUUGAAUCUCUAAAAUGCUGUUCUCAAUCAUUGUCAGAGAUAUUUUCAAGUUGCAGUCAGAUCUUUCUUAAUAGAAAGUCAGAUGACUACAGUGUUGGUUGUGACUUCCCCUUAGUAUAACUAAUUUGCUCUGUGGUAAGAGAUAUGCUCAUUAUUACCACUUAGUAGAUGUUAUUAAAAACAUGUGAAAGAUAGGUAUGGAAAAAGCGUACACCCCCAAACAGAAAGGAGUUAUUAAAGUAAUUUACAAACCUCUCGGCAAUACUUAGUGUCCAACUCCAAGUGGGUCAAUUCCUUAGUAUAAUAUUAAGGCUUAUUAGUAUCACUGCUUUUUCCUUAGCUUAAUGACUUACUUAGAAUUUAUCCUUUAUUUUAAAUGAUCUGUACUAUCUAGUGUCUAAAUAAAACACUAUUCUCCAGAAAAAUCAAUCAUUUUCUAGCCCUCUCCCUCAGUCCUUUAUUGUCCAUUCCAAUACACUGAACACAUUUCCUUUACCCUCCACACACUUCUUCCAAAAGGAAGCACCCAUUGAGUCCUUUUGAGGGUGAUUUGUCUUAUAACUGACUGACUUAGCGGGAAUUUAAUUAGGUCAUAGUUGGUGAUGAGACUUAUGGAGCGUGCCUCUCUCUCCCCACUGCUACUUAAAAUGCAAGGACAAGCAAUUAGAAGCCAUCCUAAGGUGUUUACCCCACACGCCAUCCAUGAGGCUUGUGGCCACAGUGGCACUUGGGUGUGGCUCCUCUGUUAUUUGUCUCCAUGUGAGAAAGCAGAUCAUCUCCAAAUCUUGCUAUUUGUAUACUUUUGGUGGAGACUUGGAUGUCAUAUCUUCUUUGUUUUGGGUUUUCUUCCCUAGCUUAUUUUGUGGCUUUUAAAGAAGUGGAUUGUAUUGUGAGAUCCUGUGAUUCCUGGUGGCCAGUAUCCUGGAUUCCUGUAAGAUCUUGCCUCUUUCCUCCUCAUGAAAGCAGCACACAUUGUGUUAACUUAUGUCUCUUGUUAAAUGAGCUUAAUGUCUUUGUGUUUUGUCCAAAACUAUAUUGAAAAAUAUAUUGUUUAAUGCAAAUGAAGGAAUGCAAUAAAGAGUAAAUAUACUUGAAAA